UCACUUUCCUGAUUCUCAGUACAUCAGCUUCCUCUACUCUAAAAAUGCCUCAUGGCACCUUGUGUUCUCACACUUUCACAGAAAAUUAACGGCAAAAAGCCCCCAAGAAAUGGCUGGGAAAGUACCGUGCCCACAGAAACACAGACAUGAAGAAGACAACACCUGUCUGGAUUACAACUGAACUACUUUUCUGUUUCACAGGCCAAAUGCAAAGUCUUCUCUCAAGACCCGUGCCAGGCCUGCAGCAUCUCGAGUUUACAGACAGCGCAGAGUUUUCGUCGCUGUAAAGGAGGCGCAGGAGGCACAUCCAGCUGUCACGGGCAGAGCCGCAGAGGACCCUCGGCAUCGCCUGGUGAUUUAUGGCAUUCACCAUGGUGGCUCUGUGCUGGAAGCUGCCCAUCUGCUUUCUCUUCUAUCAAGUGGUCUCGGGAAGAGUGAGGAGGGAGGGGCACUACGUGGCGGCCGUGUACGAGCACGAGUCCAUCCUGAGCCCGACCCCGGCGGCGCUGGUGGAGCGACGCUCCGCGCUGGAGCUCAUGGGCAGGAACCUCGACAUCUAUGAGCAGCAAGUGCUGGCUGCUGCCAGGCAGGGGGCACAGAUUAUUGUUUUUCCUGAAGAUGGAAUCCAUGGCUUCAACUUCACCAGAAGCUCCAUUUACCCUUACUUGGAUUUUGUUCCGCAUUCACACUCUGGGAAGUGGAAUCCCUGCAGAGAGCCCUAUUUGUACAAUGACACAGAGGUCAUUCAGCGCCUGAGCUGCAUGGCUCUGAAGAACAAGAUAUUCCUUGUGGCCAACUUAGGGACCAAGCAGCCGUGUGAGCACUCGGAUCCUCGGUGCCCGUCGGACGGGAGGUACCAGUUCAACACCAACGUGGCGUUUGCCGCGGACGGCGCGCUGCUGGCCACGUAUCGCAAACACAAUCUGUACUUUGAGUAUGCUUUUGACACGCCUCCAGAGCCAGACUAUGCAUUCUUUGACACCCCUUUUGCUGGCAAGUUUGGCAUGUUCACUUGCUUUGAUAUACUCUUUUUUGAGCCUGCAGUGAACCUCAUCAGACAAUACAGUUUGAAGCAAAUUGUUUAUCCAACUGCCUGGAUGAACCAGCUCCCACUUCUGUCUGCUGUAGAGUUUCAACAAGCUUUUGCAACAGCUUUCAAUAUCAAUAUUUUAGCAGCCAACAUCCACCACCCUACCUUGGGCAUGACAGGGAGUGGCAUAUACACUCCAGUCAAAUCAUUCAUCUACCACAACAUGGAAAGUUAUGGUGGCAAGCUCAUAGUAGCAGAAAUUCCUGUGAUUACUGCAGAUUAUAAAACCAAUUUAGAGAGUAAUGAAAGAUUUAGAGAGAACUUACAUGACUCAUGCAGGACUUCUACAAGCACCUCACUGGAUGACGAAGUUUGCUAUAAGGAGCAAGAAGAGACUCCUAGCGGAGAAUCUGAAAAAGGAAAGGAACAGUCACCUCCUUCCUUUUAUGCAGAAAUGAUGUAUGACAAUUUCACUUUUGUUCCGUUAUGGGGGGAAAAGGGAGAGCUCCAGGUUUGUGCCAAUACCCUUUGUUGUUACUUGAACUAUCAGAGAGCUGUUCUAACUGAGGAAUUAUAUGCUUUGGGAGUUUUUGAUGGGCUCCAUACAGUGCAUGGCACAUACUAUGUCCAGGCCUGUGCCUUGGUGAAAUGUGGUGGUCUCAGCUUUAGCACUUGUGGACAGGAGGUCACAGAUGCCACUGCUCUGAUAGAUUUCCAGCUAUGGGGAAAUAUGAGUACCCCUUACAUCUUUCCCUUGUUGCUGACAUCUGGUGUUACCUUGGACUUUGCUGAUCACAUGGGCUGGAAAAACAACUACUAUUUCCUCAGCAAAAAUAGAACAUCUGCUGGCCUCCUGACAGCUGCUCUCUAUGGACGAUGGUAUGAAAAGGACUAGCACAGAUACUUCACUGAGUCAGAAAACAACUGCCCAUAUGUUCAGAGUCUGUAUCUUAACAGAAAUUGUUAAAUAUCCAUAUUUGCUAGAGGUUCAGGUGUGUUUGUCCCAUCACUGCCUGAUUAGGUCCCACAUUUGAAAUAAUGGCUGUAAGUACAGUUUGUAUCCUGGCAGUUUAUGUCCUACCAGGAGUGAAAUAACUGCCUUGCAAAGGUAAAGUUUUGCUGUGAUCUGGUGAGAUGAUUUAUACCAGAAAAUAACACUUCUCAUUUCAACUGAAUUUGUUCUUUUUAAUUUAACCCUUUGGUUUUUGGGGGUCCCGGCUGGGAGUAUGGAAAUUAAUAGAAUGGAAAACUAUUGCAAGGAAAAAAAAAAACACAAAACCCAAAGGAAGACACAAAUAUUGUGCAUAACACAGACAAGAACAUGAAGGUGUACACACAUAUAACUUUUAUGUGCUGAGGUUCUGAUUUCUGGUUAGGGUGCCAUGAUUUUUUUUUUAGAGUCAAAAAUGCCCAGUUGAAAUCAUUACCAUGGGUUGGCCACUCGGGUAUCUGUAAUCCUCUUAUACUUUAACUGAAUGGUACAGUUACAAACAUCUACAGAAUAGCUAAUCUGGGGAAUAGGGUAUCAAUGACUGUGAAAACCUAGACUGCAGCAAGACACAAUUCACAAGAAAUUAUGUUCAAAGAAAACAUCAGCAUUGAAUAUCAGUGGCCAUGUUAUGUACUGUUUGAGUACUUUAACUUUCCCUGUUUAAAAGAGCAAUCAUUUUUAAGACUGUUUUAAGACAUCUUACAUGCUGUUCAUGAAUUUAUUCAAGAGGAGUUAUGAAAAGCACAUAAUAAGCUGUGGGACAGCAAGGAUUUUGCAGCAAUGCUUCAUGUGCCAGAUGGCAGAGUAAAACACACCCUUUUUUUCCAGAGCAAUAACUAGAUUAAGUGCUAUAGCAGUUCUACUGCAGUGAAGAAGCUGGAAAGAGAAUAUUCAAAGGUUAUUAAUUUGGGGUUAAAUUCAGACAAGUUAAUUUAUUCUCAAGCAUUAUAAUUUUAUGGGGUCUUACUGGCUAUUAUGACUUCAUCUGGGUAAUGGCUGUUGAGUAAUGGAAUAAACACAACUGUUCCUUUGGUGAA